UCAAACCCCGGAGCAGAUUAAGUCUAAUCAUCUCUGACAGCUUCUGCUCUUCAUCUCCAUAUUUAUUUUUACACACCGUGGUGGCCGCCAGAUUUUAGGAACCAGGGUGACGUGAGGCUGAAUGCAGCUGGGCGACGCAACUACAUGUGAUGUGUGAAGAGUUAAGGGUGGGAGAUCAUUUUCUGGAGCUUUUGUUUUUACUGUAUUGCUUAAAAUCCUCUUCACAGCCCGAUUGUAACCAAUGAAUGAAUGCAUUGUCACAAAAAUGAAAACUGCCAGUCACCCGUGGAGCGGACAGGCCUGUAAAAACACCAGCCAAUGAUACUGAACGGCCGAAUAAAUGAUCGUGACGCAUCAAUCAAACUGCCGUCUGCCCGUGCGCGUACACCUCGUCAUGCACUAAUCACGCAUGCUCAGAAGACAGCACCAGAGCGUUUGCUAGCUUGCUAAAUCCAACGAGGCGGUUGCAGCAACGUUAUGGCGUUAUGGUUUUUUUUGGGGGGGGGGGGAACGUUACUGCCAAGAAAAAGGCUGAUGCAGAGCGAUCCAGGACCAGAGUGAACAUGCUGCGUUUAAACGGUGGCUGCAAAGUGACGACACGGUGGCCAUGUUUCUACUGGACCGGAGUUGGGGGUACUGAGUACAAUAUAAGGAAGGAGGGAAGCUGCAUGAAUCAAUAGCAGAGGAUGGAGUGAAAUUGCAACACUACUGACAUCAGCAGAUCAUUGUACCAAGCCCUCACUAUGUUAUCCAUCCACCUUGUUUUCCUCACCACGCUCCUUGUGGUCCUGAUGGCUGUGCUGACCUCCAGUGCCAGAACCACACGCUGGCCCAAGCCUCAAACCAAGAAGCCCCCUCGAGCUGGAAGUAGCAGCGGAGGGGGAGGUGGAGGUGGAGGUGGUGGAGGACUUGGGAGAACCACCACGACAGCGUCCUCUUCCAGCAGCCAGUACACAGAGGAGACAACUGACAUGAUGAUGGACACGUACUCGUCACUGCCAACAGACAGCACCACCUAUUCUAAUGACGCUUACUCCACUGAGUUUCAUACAGAUGCCAUAGCACUUCCUGGGAACUCCCUUGGCAACUAUACGCUCGACUACAACGAAUGCUUCUUCAACUUCUGUGAGUGCUGUCCACCAGAAAGAGGUCCUGUUGGACCCAUGGGAGAAAAAGGGCCACCAGGACCAUCUGGUGAAACGGGCCCUCCAGGGUUGCCAGGGGUGAACGGAGAAACGGGGCCAAGAGGUCUUCCAGGACCACCAGGACAACCUGGAGCCAACGGACACAAUGGUACCACAGGUGAGAAAGGUGAUCAAGGACAUGGGGGUCUUCCUGGUAUCCCAGGGAUUGCAGGAAGAGCAGGAGACAAAGGAGAUCCUGGUCCUAGAGGAGAGAAAGGUGAACGUGGCAUCAGUGGUCUGAAAGGGGACCCGGGAGAAAGAGGAGAGCCUGGCCUGAAUGGGACUAAAGGCAGUACUGGGCAAGUGGGGCCUAUGGGUCCCCCAGGGAUAGGAGGUACGAAGGGUCAGAAAGGUGAACAAGGACCUACAGGUGAGCGUUUACUUGGCCAGAAAGGGGAUGUGGGUGAACCUGGGCCCCACGGUCCGAAAGGUGAUGUGGGCCCCCCAGGAAUGAAUGGAACCAACGGUGCAAAGGGAGAGGGAGGGGAGCCAGGGCCUCUAGGACAGAGGGGGGAUGUUGGUGCGAGGGGGCCUCCAGGACUUCCAGGUGGGAGGGGUUUGAUAGGGCGGAAAGGGGACAAAGGGCCAAAAGGUGGGCGGGGGCUUCGGGGCCCUAAAGGACAACCAGGUGAGAACGCGGAGCUUGUUCGCUCUGCUUUCAGUGUGGGCUUGUUCCCCAGCCGGUCCUUUCCUCCCCCUGGUGUCCCUGUGAAGUUUGAUAAGGUGUUUUACAAUGGAGAAGGCCACUGGGACCCAGCGCUCUACAAGUUCAAUGUCACCCAUCCAGGUCUUUACUUGUUCACUUAUCACAUCACUGUGCGUAAUCGGCCCCUGCGUGCUGCCCUGGUGGUUAACGGGAUGCGGAAGCUGCGGACUCGGGAUUCUCUGUACGGCCAGGACAUUGACCAGGCGUCCAACCUCGCCCUGCUGCAGCUGAAUGAAGGCGACCAGGUGUGGCUGGAGACGCUGAGAGACUGGAAUGGAAUUUAUUCCAGCACGGAGGAUGACAGCACGUUCUCUGGUUUCUUGCUUUACCCUGAACCAAAACCCACACCGUCACCGCCUCCUGUGGAAAACCAGUAAAACCAGUAAUCAGCUCUCAUUCUAACUUCUUGUAGGCCCUGCACAGCUGUCAGCCUUCUGCACUGCUCUGUCAAAGGAAAGUGAUUCAGCUAAACAAUACUGUUUCAUUAUCUACUCUCGCCUGUCAUUCUAAUCAAAUCAAAUUGCUUUGCUGGCCUUGCUGUAUUUACAGAUGGAUGGGCAUUAAUUACAGUGUUGCAUGCAACACUUGACACUGCAUUAAAAAUGUCUCUGCUUGAAAUGAA